GAUCAGUUUGUGAACCUGUUCAACCGAUUCCUUCAAAAGAUUCGAUUCCUAAGAACGGCUCAUUCCCGAAUCGAACGUCGCUAGAGUAGAUGAGCCGUGCGUCGGUCGAGGAUGCCGCAGUUGUCAGGGGAAUGGCGUCCCUCGAAAGUCCAGUCAUCUGCACUUUCACUUCGAGAUGUAUAGCCAAGGAAGCUGGCAGAUAAAUUCAAAUUAUUAUAAGCAGGCACUACAAGAUCUUCCCAACACGGAUUUUGAGGAGAACGAAUUUCAAAAUGGUGCUUCGGCGCAACGGUUCGCAGGAUACUAGAAGCUGCGCAGUUGCUAUAUCACGCGUCUCGAUGUAAACAAGAGAGUGAAUGUUGACAACUGGAAGUGCUGAGUAAGCCAGAGAGUGUCAUGCUACCACAAACCGGAGGUACGCUUAUACUGACGAAAAUUAUUCAUCCUAAAAUUUCUUUAACCGUAUUUUAAAGCAGCGGGUGUUAUCGAGCAUAUUUUGCUAUUUAUUCGUGUAGUUAACAAGCUUAUUAUAAAAGGUCGCGUUUUAGCAGGUUAGCCAGUCAGCUGCUGAUCUCCUCUGAGAGACUUCUGUUUUAAUGCUGGAUUUGUCAAAUAGCAGCUAUGACUUGUAUCAUAAUGCUCUGAAUAGUGUAUUUUAAACCGACCAAUAAAAAGUGUUGUUUGCCAAAAUGAUGGAACCCCAGGACAAUAUUGAGGAGGAUGACACCGCAUCAUCAGCAGCAUCAUCAUCAUCACCGCCACCGCGGUCUCUGCCCCGUCAGCGCGUCUCUCUGCAGAAGAGCAGCGUGUGUUCUCGCUCUUACUUCAUGGUGGUGAUGGUUUUCUUCCACGUUUACAUCAUCAAUGUCAUUGCACUUCUACUGUAUGUGCAUUAUAACAACGGCUCUAACACAAGCACGGCAAACCGAGAUUUUACAAGCAGAGACAACAGUCAGAAAGUUACCGGACCGUCAGAUCCGCAGACCUCUGCAGACUCGGGUUUCCCUCGAAAUAUGUAUCUUCCUCGCAUUGAAGGAAUACGGGUGGGCCAUGUACAAAAAGUGUCACUGGUGCCAGGGAAAGUCCACGAGAUGAAGACACUCAGUCUAAAGCCCCUUCUGUUUGAGAUCCCUGGCUUUCUGUCAGACGAGGAGUGUGGUGUGGUUGUGCGUCUGGCUCAGCUGAAGGGUUUGAUGGAGAGUCAGGUCAUGGUCCCUGAAGGUCAAGAGGAACUUAAUCAGCAGCUCAACCUCAGUCCGGAGGAAAUCUUCAAUUUCCUUGACCUCAACCAAGAUGGCCAACUACAACCUCACGAGAUAUUGACACACUCUCGAGUGAGAGAUGGAAUCUGGUUAACUUCUGAGAACCUUAAGGAAAUCUAUGAUGGCUUAAAGGUUGAUCAGGAUGGAAAUGGUCUCUUGAGUUUAGAGGAGUUUGGGCGUCUGAGAAGCGAUGCCUUUCAGCGGUUUCUGCUACAGCGCGGGGUAGAAAGGAGCCAGCUGGUGAGGAACAGCAGACACACCUGGCUCUACCAGGGUCAGGGAGCCCAUCAGGUUCUUCAAGACCUUCGCAAAAGAGUCACUCUUUUAACGCGACUGCCAUCCUCUCUGGUGGAGUUAAGUGAACCUCUACAAGUGGUGCGCUAUGAGCAGGGCGGCCAUUACCACGCUCAUCAUGACAGUGGGCCAGUGUACCCUGAAACAGCCUGCACACACACUCGCCUCGCUGCCAAUACCACCUCCCCAUUCCAGACUUCCUGCAGGUACAUCACGGUUCUGUUUUACCUUAGUAAUGUAGAAGAAGGAGGGGAGACUACCUUUCCAGUGGCAGAUAACAGGACUUAUGAAGAAGCGUCACUGAUACAGAAUGAUGUGGAUCUGUUGGACACCAGGAAACAUUGUGAUAAAGGCAACCUGAGAGUGAAGCCCAUCAAGGGGACGGCAGUUUUCUGGUAUAACUAUCUCUCCGAUGGCAGAGGUUGGGUGGGUGAACAGGAUGAGUACUCUCUUCAUGGUGGCUGUGUGGUGACACGAGGGACUAAGUGGGUUGCCAAUAAUUGGAUCAAUGUCGAUCCAGACUACCAGCGCCAGGUGCGCUACCAGCAUUUAGUUUCUCAACAAGAGACACAAGAGCAAGAAGAACUCAUUUCAGAGCUGAACACAGACCAACACACUGAAACACACCAAGACCUGUAAACACAUACACAAAUCCAGGUACAACAAUGCACAAAUAUACACAUUGACUUCUGUCUAUAGUUAGCCACUUUCUCUUUCACACACACAGCAGAACAUCACUAUACACACACACAUGCCUCUGCAUCACUCAAACACCCUGAAGCACUGACCUCAUACCAACAAACACACAAAAUACACUUGUGUAUGUGUAUGUGGUAUGUUUCGCUCUUCCACACAAAUGCACACUAUAGAAAUGUAGCCCUACCAACAUUUCCUCAUAUUCAUAAUUGAAUGAGCUUUACCCAGCCUUCAGCGGUCUCAGUGUUUGAGCUGGAACCUGUGUUGGGUUGGAUUCAGGGAUAAGCAGCCUGAGCUUUAUGCAAUUGUGAAAGACAAUGCUACUGUUCCUAAUGUAGAUAUUGAAGGCAUUAAUAUUAUUAUUCCCAUUACAUGGGAAUGCAGCCAUAUUUGACAACUUUGUUUACAUACAGAUUGACACUCUACUGUACCUUCCAAAGGUUGUACACCGCAGCUAAUCGUUAAAUGCAGUGAUAGUAAAUAGAAGUGCAUCCGAGAUGUGUAUCUCUUCCCUGGUGGGAUGACAGUUAUUAUGACUAGGGAUUUUGGCAACCUCCAGCAAAUAAAGCACAGUCAGUGCUUAAGCAACUUCACAAUUGCUGGAGGAUGUAGAGUGUAUGUGGCCAAAGAAUGUGUAAAUAUAUAUUGUUGCUUUCUACUGAAGUGACAUUUUAACUGACAUCAAAAUCACCAAACACUUGAGAAACGUUAUCUGCAGGUGCACUCAGCAUUAACUAGUUGUAGUUCUUGUCAAUGGACUACAGGUUAGUUUAUUAUCAUAACUAGUAACUAAAAAUAGUUGAGUUGUAACCUAUGUAACAUCUAGUCAUCUCUGUCAGGAUGUUUCUUACACUUAUUCCCAUUCAGAUAUACCUGGGGAAAAAAAGCAUGUAAAACUUGCACAAUCUUGUAUGAUUUGUUUGGAUUUUAAUAAUUUAUUUUGUAAUGUUUUUUCUUUGUUAAUUGCAAUGCAUCCAAAGACUGACUGAGGUUAACUUAUUUUAUUUAUUUGUUGGAGUUUGAAUCACAUUGUUGCUGUUAAAAUGCACAGAAUCACUUUGUUGAAUAAAUUAUUAAAAUGACCAA